AAAUAAUCUCCAACACAGAUUCCAAAUCCAAUACGAAGAAGAAAGAAAUCGAAGGAAUUAGUAUACCCGAGAGAGGCAGCUAAAAUCGAAGACUACGGCGUGCGCGUAAUGGCAGCUGUCGCUUCAGUUUCUGCGUCUGCUUUUCUCGGCAGCCGGUGCGGCGAAGAUCACGGCGUGCUGCAGACGCCGCCGGCGAGGGCGGUGAGGGUGGCGCGGCGGCCGGUCAGGUCGCUUCCGAUGAUGGGGAACAUCAACGAAGGGAAGGGGGUUUUCGCCCCCCUCGUGGUCAUCACGCGCAACAUUGUUGGGAAGAAGAGGUUCAAUCAGAUUCGAGGGAAAGCCAUCGCUCUUCACUCACAGGUGAUCAAUGAAUUUUGUAAGUCGAUAGGAGCGGAUGCCAAGCAACGACAAGGGCUCAUUCGGCUAGCGAAAAAGAAUGGCGAGAGGCUCGGAUUUCUUGCUUGAUAAUGAAAUACAUAGCUUGUGGCCACAUUAACGACUUUAUUAUUCGAUGAUUUUGUUGCUUUAAUGUGUAUGUAUACAUGUAGAUGUUUCAAGUUGUGCUAAAUGACACUCGGAAGUGUUACGACAGAUGUGUUUGUUUCGGUU